AAUUUAAAUAUGGAUAGAGACUUUAAGACAACGACACCUGCUUAUACUUUUCAAAGUUCUUCAGACACAUUGCUUUCUAUUCAUCUGUUAGAUUUUAAAACAAGUUUACUAGAGGCAGUAGAAGAACUGCGUGUAAGAAGGGAUGCUGAAAUUAAUUAUGAAGAUCAAAUUAAUAAAAUUAUUAUGGAGAAACAGGAACUUGAGUGGCAGAAGGAAACUCUGCAGCAUGAGACAGAAACUUUAAACAAACAACACAAAGAAGCCAUGGCAGCUUUUAAAAAACAGUUACAAGCAAGGACGUUUACCAUGGAAGAAGAAAAGGGCAAAUAUCAGCUUGCUAUAGAAACAAAAGAAAAAGAAAUUGAUGGGCUGAAGAAAACAUUAAAAACAUCACAGAUUUCAAAAUACACUUUACAGAAGAAAUUGAAUGAAAUGGAUCAAAAACUACAAUUGCACAUAAUGGCAAAGGAGGAACAUCAUAAGAAACUGAAUGAAGUUGAGAAAUGCUAUGCUACUAUCACAUGUCAAUUUGGAAUGAUAAAAGGGGCUCAUGAGAAAUUAGAGCAGAAUGUGCUGGAAGCACUACAACUUAAUAAGAAACUGGCAUCAGUGAAUAAAAGACAAGAGUCUGAAAUAGAUAAUCUAAAGGAGGAACUGAAGAAAGUAACUACAGACUUGAUAAGAUCCAAGGUCACAUGUCAGUACAGGGUGGGAGAAGAAAACAUCGAUCUUACAGCAAAGGAACAGCAGUUACAAGAACUACAACAAAAAAUCAGAAUGGAAACAGAGAUUAAUAAAAAGCUCAGUGAAGAAAAUGCACACAUUAAAGAAGAGAAACAGGAGAUUAUCAGUUCUCUACAACAUAUGCAGCAGCUGCUUCAGCGACUGACCCAAACAAAUGUCAGGAUGGAAAGUGAAUUGAAUACACUGAAAGAAGAAUAUCAGACCCUUGAAAGAGAUAAUGAGCUGCAAAGGGAGAAGGCAAAAGAAAAUGAAGAAAAGUUCCUUAAUCUUCAGAAUGAGCAUGAGAAAGCACUAAGAACUUGGAAAAAAGAUGAGGAAGACUUGAGAAGAGAAAUGGAUACUAUUAAAAAUGUGCUGGUAUCACUUAAAGAAGCUUAUGGUCAUCUCCAAGACUGCCACCUUCCUCAGAAAGAUCAACAUACUGAGCAAGAGGAAAAUCUACAGACUAGUCUGAAAGAAAAUGAGUGUACACAAUCUACAAUCCAAAAUGAUAGUAUUUCUGGUCCUGGACAAGACGAUGACAUUGAAGUAAAAAAUAUUGUAGGCUGCUCUUCAGACAUUGAUAAAGUACAGACCGAACAAAGUAAUGGAACUGGAUGCACUGAAGCGACAUAUCACAUUGUUGCCAAAGAUUUACGACUUCUUGAAAACUAUAAGGAUGAUUUUAACGUUGCUAGCCACUGUGAAGAAAAGCAAAGGGAGGCUUCUCCAGGCAAAACCCUCUGCACAGAUAUUGAUUUAAUUAUUCAAGGACAGACCGCGGCAGAAUGUAUUGCUGAGUGCAAAAAGACAGCAAAUAUAGGAAAAACAGACAAAAUGUUCUUGGAGAAAAACAAUGCAAGUUCAGAACUAAAGCCACAGGACAGAUCUUGUUCAUUGGCAAAACUCCCAGAGAACACAAGAAAGAUGCUCUUUGACAAUACUGAGGAAUUUGGUGUCUGCAGUAUGGAUGCAGGUCAACAGACAGACUCCAGCAAGCAUACAUUUGGCAAUGCUUCAAAUGAAUUAGUUUAUAAUACAAAUGAUAAGGCAGAUGCCACACAGGAUGACAAAGGUGUCUUUAUAAAUGAAGCACCAAGCAAAGAAUCCAGACAGGUUAUUGGCAUAGAAGACAGUCCUGUAACUGAAAGAACUGCAGCCAACCACCAAACCAUGGCUGAAUUUAAUUUUGCCAUCCCGUCUCAGGUUACAGAAAGUAGUCAUACAAAGUUUCAGAAAUGCCACUUACAGGAGUCUAAUGACAUUUACUUAGAUAAUAAACAAGACAAAACACAACCACUUCAUCUGUUAAAUAGAAGCACCAGUGGCAUAUCCUCAGAUAUAUUUCAAUUUAAACAGAUUCUUACAGAUAUUCAAGAAAAACACAACAGUGACACUGCAAGCACAACUAAUGGAAACUGUGCACUGAACAGUACUUGUGAUGCUCCAGUUCUGCCUACUACUUUCUGUGAUAAUGCAAGUGUGAACAAGGACAAUACAAAAGAAAAUAACACUAAUAUGUCUCUGUUAGAGAAUUUCAAAUUAAGUACUGAAAAAGCAGAUAAAUGGACAAAUCUGAAUGAUCUGCACAGCAACCAAAAUAACCUGGACAUUUCUAGACAGACAGAAACUGAUACAAAUACAUAUGCAUGCACAGAUGUUGUUUUGCCUCUGAACACGGAAAAUAUAUGUACUUCUCAGACUAUUAUUCAUAAAAAAAUGGUUAUAAACAAAAUUACCACCGAUAAACAAAUAACCUGUGAAAAAGUUCAUACAAAUGAUUUUCAGAUACCCAAAAUGAAGGAUGGACAAUCCCUUGUGAUUAAUGAUAAUGCACUAGAGAAUACAUUGUUAAGAGCGAAAAGAGAGUCAUUAAAUAAUACAGUUCCAGGAGAGAAAAUUGCUGAAGGUCGCCUGGAAGAAUCAUGUUCUUUACUCAUAAGGACAUCUGGAGAUUUAGUAAACCGAAGUGGAAGGUCAUCCUUUGAUCUUUCAACUUCAGAUAAAAAAACUGAGAAAACGCCAGUAUACUUAAGUUUUUCAGAUCUCAGUCCUUGGCUGAGAGUAAAUCAAGUUGAAAGUCAAACAGCGUGGGCUUCAACUUCCGAAGAGCCUUUCCAUUUGAAAGAGAAACUACUACAUAUAUCAGAAAACAAAAAGAUUCUUUCAAAAGCACAGUGUCAAAAUCUGAGCAUAAAUGCUGUCAUGAAAGAAACAGGACUAGAUUCUACCAGUAUUAACAGAGUUGCUGACACUUUGAAUACCUCAAGUAUCCAUCGAGGUCCCAAGAGAGAUCCCAGUGAAGAAUGGAAUGCAAUAGCAAAGACUUUUUAUGAUUCUUCUUUUCCCACAGAACAUGUCAAAGCAGGAGUUUCUGUAUCUUGCCACCAGCAGAAGCUUUUCCAUCUGGCUUCCAAUGCAGACACACCAGUCUCAAGUGAAAGUUUACUCAGCAAGGAAGAUCAGAAUUGUGAUUCUCAUAACUUCUUUAUAAAAAGUCAAAUCAAUGACACUGAAAAGUUUUUGAAUUUAGAAAGGCUCCACCAGUCUAGAAAAAGGAAAUAUGAAGAAAGUCUAGAAAAAGCUGCGACAGGGAACAAAACAGAAAAAUAAUUCAAUCUCUGAAUAUGCAUAUCAUAGAAAACUUUGUAGAACUCUUCCACUGGAAGUAAAGAGGUGCAUAUUUUAUUCUGUGGGUAACUCUAGACUGCAAACUCGACAAUGAUUCCCCCCACCCCAGUAUUUUGAUGUAACUGUAUUAAAAGAAAAUAGAUUCCCUACAUUUCUGCAAUUAAAGUCCUUGCAAGUUGUUACAAAAUUUUUGCUAGAAGUUAAAAAUUUAAAACAAGUGUUAUAAGUAUAUGUCUGUUAAGUGUAAUUUGUGAUGUAUUUAA